AUGGCCAAAUUAGUAAUCAUGACGUUCAACCCUGAAAUGUAUGUAAAGCCCAAAGUGUGGUUUCCUUGCGAAACAUGUCAAUUAAAAGUACGAGACGACUUCUAUCAAUCAUCUGUUUUAUUUUAUCAGUUUAGUGAAGAUGAUAAGAUAAUUAUUCGUUUUAAAAGUCAGCUGAAAUUAAUAAAAGAGAAGAAAUUCAUCGUGCAAGAGCAAAUUGGUCAAGACGACUUCCCUUUAAUGUUCGUACCCGUGUGGUACUUAACACGGAAUUAUGGUCCAGAUGAUAAAUACACAAUCAACAUUGAAGUGGAGAAGAAGCCCCCAGGCACAGAUUGA